AUGACAGAUAUAGGGGACAUCCUCAAAGCACUGAAUGAGUUUGGGAGGUUCCAGUUGUGGCUGGUGUUGUUGAUUACUCUGGCCUGCCCAGUCAUUGGCUUCCAUAUGUUCAGCCAGUUGUUCAUGGUUGGGCAAGAACCCCAUUACUGCAACACAAACUGGUUUGCCGCUGUCAGCUUCAAUUUGACUGAAGAAGAGCAACUAAAUUUAACUCUUCCGAGAAAGGCUGAUGGGACUUUUGAAGAAUGUCUAAUGUACACUCCAGUGGACUGGGAGCUCGAAGCGAUUGUGCGCUACGGACUUAAUUCUACAGAGAAGUGCCGGGAUGGAUGGGUGUACCCUUCCAAGCAAGCGCUCUCAUUGGUCAAGCAGUUUGACCUGGUGUGUGAUAGGAAAGAUUUAAGUGACAUCUCGCAAUCUAUUUACAUGAUGGGCCUUCUCUCUGGAGCACUGGGAUUUGGUUCGUUAAGUGACUGGUUUGGACGGCGACCAGUGAUUUUGUUGUCCUUGCUCAUAGAAGGCAUAUGUGGAGUUGCUGCAGCUUUCGUCCCAAGCUUCUCUCUCUAUUGUGUGUUACGAUUUCUCUUGGGUGCUGGUAUUUCUGGACUUGCAAUAUCUACUCUAGCUCUAGGCACUGAAUGGAUUGGGGUUGCCUACCGUCCGCAGACGGUCAUUGUCAGCCACGUGGGCUUUGCUGUAGGACAGAUGAUCCUGGCAGGAUUAGCUUACGCCAUCCGUGACUGGAGGUACCUGCAGGUGGCGGGCUCUGCGCCCAUAUUUACCCUCUUUUUCUACCUCUGGCUCCUUCCUGAAUCCGCUCGGUGGCUCGUGACCAAAGGAAAGGUGGAGGAAGCCAAAACGCUCCUCCAAAAGGCUGCUUUGAUGAACAAACGGACCAUCCCAUCCAAACUGUUAGAACAGCUGCAACCUGAGGCGAAGGUCAAGUCUGGGAGUAUUCUGGAUCUUUUCAGAAAUCCCCACUUAGGGAAGGUAACUCUUCUCAUGUCAACUGUCUGGUUUGUCAACGGAUUGGUUUACUAUGGCUUAAGCCUCAACGUGGGCAGCUUUGGCUUAGAUAUCUAUCUGACACAGCUUAUCUUUGGGGCUGUUGAAAUACCUGCACGCAUCUCCUGUAUCUUCCUGCUCCAGUGGCUGGGGAGAAAGAAAUGCCAGGCGCUUUGCUUACUCCUGGGUGGAGCCGUUUGCCUUCUCAUCACGGCCAUUCCAAAAGACUUGCCUGUGGUAAUAACCGUGUUGGCCGUCAUUGGGAAGUUUUCCAUGUCUGGUUCCUUCUCUACCUCGUAUGUGUAUUCUGCAGAGCUGUUCCCGACAGUUGUCCGGCAGAUGGGAGUGGGACUAUGUUCUGUAUCAGCCAGAGUGGCUGGGAUAAUCUCACCUCUGAUCGGGCUCUUGGAGAAGUUCCACACCUCUAUCCCUGUACUGAUAUUUGGAAGCACAGCAGUGGUUGGGGGACUCCUUUGUUUCCUUCUUCCGGAGACGCGUGGCAAAGACCUUCCGGAUUGGGUGGGUGACGUAGAGAACAGACGGCCCUACAAGACAGGCAACGUUAGCUUGGAAAAUGGACACUUAAAACCAGACGGAGACAGUGAAGUUACUGAACAGACACGGAGUACUCGUUUGUAGCCAGGGCAGCAAAUUAACUGGAAUAAAGAAAAACAAAGAAUUGAGGGAUUUUUUUUUGCAACUCAGAAUAGCGUGGAUAGAAAUCAAUACUUUUUAAAAAAGUUAAAAAGGAUUUUUUUUAAAAAAGUAAAGCUUUUACUUAAUCUUCAGCAAUAUAUUUAGUGUCAGUUCAAAAAUAUUUGAAUGUAAUGCAAAGAAACACAUUCAAACCUACACAAAUUCUUUUAAAACAGAAUUCAUGACGUGCUGGGAAUCACAAGGGGUGUCAGAUCUCCCAGGGUCCAAACGGGGCAGAGGGUAUAGGGUGGGGGGUAGCAUGGAACUCAUCCUCGUGUGCACUCCUGCAGAAAAUGACAUCAUUUUCUGGCACAAUGGGGAAGCUACUGGUUGAGCAGGGCCGGUGGGCGGCAAUGCAUUAAAAAUCACCCUCAAACACUAAGUUUAGGGAUGAUUUUUAAUAAAUCACCCUCUGGUAUGACCUCUAGCUUCCCCACGGUAAUGAUUUCAAGUAAAUGUGUGCAUGUAUCUUUAAAUGCUUGGUGUGAGAUAGGUGAAGAGUGGGGGUGAAAGAGAGGGAUGAGUGAGUGAUAGGAUUGGUUGAUGACUGAGAGUGUGGGCGGAGUGAAGGCAGUUUGAGACUGAGAGUGGACAGCAAAAGUUUCAUCAGUCAGAGGAAAGCAGGCUAGCUGUGUGCUGCCUGAGUAUGUUGAAGUGUUUAUGAGAGAAAUAUAAAAUGUGUGGAACCUGAACUGAGCAUGUUUGUGAAAGGACACUCAGAGCCAAGCUACAAGUGAUGCCUGACACAGGUUGGACACUUGUCAGCUUCCCUCAGG